UUUGCCUUUGUUGAAAAUGAAAAUCCACGUCACUUGAUAUGAAACCGCUUUAUAUUUGUUUUUGUGGAAGUUGAUUUCCUCUAUCAUUUGUCUUUACGUGUUCGCUCUCACUCACUCUCUCUGUCUCUUCGCUUAAUCAUGAACUAGAAUAACUCGUACAUUGGCAGACUCAUAAGUAGAUUCUCAAUUUGUGAGAUGAGCAGUAUUCUCUUGAUUUUGGCUAUAGGAAUAAGCAUAGGCUUUGUGGUUGGAGUUGGUUUAGCAUUUUCAAUUUUAGUCAUAUUCAGGUGUGGAAGGAAGAGAAUAGACGUGGAGAAGAAUGGUCCUCGGAGAACCAAGUCCGUUCCUGUUCAUGUCAAAGGGGUUGAUUCUACUGCAGCAUUAUCAGACUCCAAUGCGGCGCUUGAGUCGCCUAGAACAUCUGAAUGGAGUAACACACCUUUUUGGUUAGAAGGACUUAGGAGGAAGAAUGUAGCCUCAGCAUGUGGAAUUCCUAAGUAUUCUUUCAAAGAUAUAGAAAAGGCUACUUCUAAUUUCACAACGAUCAUAGGCCAUGGAGCAUUUGGUUCUGUUUACAAAGCAGUCAUGGCUACAGGUGAGACAGUUGCAGUUAAAGUUCUUGGUACUGAUUCAAGUCAAGGAGAACAAGAAUUUUUAACUGAGGUCCUAUUACUUGGAAGAUUACAUCAUAAAAACCUUGUGGGUUUGAUAGGAUAUGCUGCAGAACGAGGACGGCAUAUGCUCCUUUACAUUUACAUGAGCAACGGAAGUCUUGCUUCUCAUUUGUAUGGCGAAAAUCAUGAGCCAUUGAGCUGGGAUUUGAGACUUAGCAUAGCACUAGAUGUUGCAAGGGUACUGGAAUAUCUACAUUAUGGGGCUGAUCCACCUGUUGUUCACCGCGACAUCAAGUCUUCCAACAUUCUAUUGGACCAGUUUAUGAGAGCCAAGGUCACUGACUUUGGGCUUUCUAGACCAGAGAUGAUUAUACCUCGUAUGUCAAAUGUCAGAGGAACAUUUGGAUAUCUUGAUCCUGAGUAUAUUUCUACAAGAACCUUCACUAAGAAAAGUGAUGUUUAUAGUUUUGGUGUGCUACUUUUUGAGCUUAUUACUGGAAGGAAUCCACAGCAGGGCCUCAUGGAAUAUGUAAAACUAGCUGCCAUGGAAAGUGAGGGCAAGAUUGGAUGGGAAGAAAUUGUGGAUCCACAAUUGAAUGGAAACUAUGAUAUACAUAAGCUUAAUGAUAUGGCUUUCCUUGCAUUCAAAUGUGUCAAUGAAGUCUCCAAAAUUCGACCUUCAAUGAGGAACAUUGUUCAAGCCUUAUCUCAACUUUAUAACAAGCCUAGUAUAAAUUCUAACCGAGCAUCUCCGUUUGCGCUAAGCGGAGUGACCAUUGAAGUAGAACAGCAAGAAACUCAAGACUUUUCAUCUAUUGAGUGUUCGAAGGUGCUGAGCAGACUGCACAGCCGAUAAUCAUUGAAGUCUGUCAUCGAUGUUUAAAUUAGAUGUAUUCUUUAAUUUUGUUUACUUGGUUAACUGUUUACCUUCAAGAAUUAUAAUGUAGAUUGGAAAUAACACCUUGAGCAUGUUAGGGGAAUCUUACAGAAGUUCAAUUGUCUUUUUAUAUGAAACGUUUACCCAUUUUCAAAUUUA